AUGAUUCUAGUUCAACAACAGCUGAUCCAUUGCCCAUGGACGACUCCAGGGGCCCCCCUCGCUUUCGUCAUCAACACCGUCGUCAUAAGCGAACAUACUUCAGCAGAGAGCGAAAUGCAGAACGGGACAGACAUCGCCCAAAUUCCUGAGAGUGGAUCGACUUCAGGCGGGACGGGAAACUCUUCUAAAUCAUAUCCACUAGGAAGUUCCAGGGGUCCUCCACGCUUUCGAUGCCACGAAGAACCGGACAACGGAAGGCAACAGUGUGAAUGGAACCGACUCUUCUUCUCCAGUUCCAGAGGUUGGAAAUGCUACAGAAUACUCUGGUUAUCCUCCUUCGUCGCCACAGUUACCUAGAGGCCCUCCUCGUUAUCAUCAGUAUUUAAAAUCUUUGGUAGCAACCAUAAUAUAGCAGCAAUAUCAUCGCCAAACGGGAACUAUUAAAUAUUCUUGAGUAGAAAAUAAAAAUAAUGUAAUGUUU